AACUGAACUGUGGCAUUCAUAAAAAGCGAGAGAAGAAAGAAACACGAAACGUUUCCAUCUGCAAUUCUGAUGCUUUCUUUCUCGCAGAGAACCCCGCCAUGGAUGAUAAUCCUUCUGUUCGGCGCCAUGAUUGCCAUAAUUAUCCUCGUCUUCAUCUCCGUUUGCUUCAUCACCAUCGAAGGCGCUCGCCGCCGUCGCAGCAGCAGCUAAACCUAACUCCGACACACUUAUUCACUCACUAGUCACUCUAUUCAGUCAGCGCCGUUUCUUGGUACUUUCCCCCAAUUUCGUUAUUCAGAUCCCUCCAUCUGCCUUUUCUUUUUCUGGUAUUGGAUUGAAUUCACCUGAAACAUACCAGUAAACCAUAUCAGGGGUUUUUAUCUUCUACUUAUAUAAGGAGUAGUGAAUACCAAAAAAAAAAAAAAAAAACCCCCAUCAGCCGCCCUGUGGUUUAUCUUCCCCGACUGUGCGCAGUUCGAGUGAGCAAAAACAAUGGGGCGGAGAUCGCCGCAUCUUGCAUUAAUCGUGGUGGCUAUGGUCGCUGCUGGGUUUUGCGCAGAUCUGUGUUUCGGUGAUGGACUCUGUACCUCACCGGUGCUUGAUCAUUCCGACGACCAUUACCACCAUAAUCAUCACCAUCACCACGACGACGGCGACCAAUGUGGCGGCCACCACCACCACCACCACCACCAUCAUCAUGACCAUGGCCAUGGUGAGUCAAUGGAGUAUAAGUUACCGGAGGAGCUGGCGGAGGAGGAGGAUAUGAAACUCUAUGGCUUUGGGAAUUACCAUGCUCAUGAUGAACAUGAUCACCAUCACGAUUCGCAUUCCAAGCUUUCUGGCAUAGGUCUAUGGAUCAAUGCCUUGGGCUGUUCACUUUUGGUGAGCUUGGCUUCCCUUAUUUGCCUGAUCAUCUUGCCAAUCAUAUUUGUACAGGGAAAGCCAUCCAAGGGAGUUGUUGAUUCAUUGGCUUUAUUUGGGGCCGGAGCAAUGCUUGGUGAUGCUUUUCUUCACCAAUUGCCACAUGCCUUUGGUGGACAACAACACUCGCACUCCCAUUCACACCACCAUGCUGACGAUUUGAGCCAUGAUCAUUCGGGGCACGAGCAUUUGCAUUUGCCUUCAAGUGGGCAUUCACAUUCUUUGGAGGAUCUUUCUGUUGGAUUAUCCAUUUUAGCGGGCAUUGUAGUCUUUCUUCUUGUUGAGAAGCUUGUGAGAUAUGUUGAGGAUAACUCUACUGGUGAUGUUUGGGGUCAUAGUCAUCACCACCACCAUAAGAGCAGUGAGAAACUGAAGGAUGGCAAUGAUGUUGAUGGAUCAUCUGAUGAAAUUUCAGAUAACAUGUCAAAUGGGGAUAAGUUGAGUCAAAAGGACUCCGUUGUUCAGAGGAGAAAAGGUAAGGCUGGUUCCAAGGGUGAGAAAUCAGAUAAAGCCACCUCGAACAAAUCUACUACGUCUACUAAACUCUCACAGGGAAAGGAACCUGCAAAGUCAUCUUCAAAUCUGGUGUUCGGAUAUCUGAAUCUCUUCUCUGAUGGUGUUGUAAAUAUCAUAAUUUUACUGAUGGAAUGGCCCUGGGUAACGCCUUUCUGCUUUAUGGAUCCGUGGGAGGAUGGUCUAGGACUCUCUUUUUGCUUGCACAUGAGCUCCCUCAAGAGGUUUGACUCAACUCUCAGUCGCAGUACAGAGAAUAUUGCUUUUCGAAGUUGUAGUUCGGUGGGUGACUUUGGAAUCUUGGUAAGAUCAGGUUUUAGCGUAUCUAAAGCUCUUUUCUUCAACUUCCUAUCAGCAUUGCUCGCUCUCGUUGGAACUGCACUGGCUUUACUUUGGGGAAAAGAUCCCGGACAAUCUUCUUUGAUCGAGGGCUUCACGGCAGGAGGGUUCAUAUACAUUUCCGCGGCAGGAGUACUCGCUGAAAUGAACAAUGGCAGAACCAGUUUGAAGAGCACGGUGGUUCACACAGUGUCCCUGGUACUGGGCAUGUCUGUCGCCCUUUGUAUUUCGCUUGUAGAAUGA